GAGGUUUAGCGGCCUGAGGCGGAGAGAGUUGGUCAAGUUGUGACGGGAGAGGCUCGGAGUCGUCGCCGCCACCUCCAGUCUCCCUAAAGUGGAUCGGAUUGUAAUGUCUACGCUACUUAAAACCUUCAAAAAAUAACCCCAGACUUUUCCUGCCGAUUUCGAGUGGAACAAACUAGCAGAAAAUGAGCUUCCUAUUUGGGAAUCGGAGUAAUAGAACUUUCAAACCAAAAAAGAACAUUCCAGAAGGUUCUCACCAAUACGAGUUGCUAAAGCAUGCCGAAGCAACCUUGGGCAGUGGUAAUCUCCGCCAGGCUGUUAUGUUACCCGAAGGCGAGGAUCUUAAUGAAUGGAUUGCUGUCAAUACUGUGGACUUCUUCAACCAAAUCAACAUGUUAUAUGGAACAAUAACAGAGUUUUGUACAGAGCAAAGCUGCCCAGUUAUGUCAGCAGGACCAAGGUAUGAAUACCACUGGGCUGAUGGCACAAACAUUAAAAAGCCAAUCAAAUGUUCUGCUCCAAAGUACAUUGACUACCUUAUGACAUGGGUACAGGACCAGCUCGACGAUGAGACCCUCUUCCCUUCCAAGAUUGGGGUACCCUUUCCAAAAAACUUCAUGUCUGUGGCCAAGACCAUUCUGAAGCGGCUGUUUAGGGUCUACGCUCACAUCUACCACCAGCAUUUUGACUCUGUGAUGCAGCUACAGGAAGAGGCUCACCUCAACACUUCCUUCAAGCAUUUCAUAUUUUUUGUUCAGGAAUUUAAUCUGAUUGACAGGAAAGAACUUGCUCCUCUUCAAGAUCUAAUUGAAAAACUUGGAUCAAAGGACAGAUGAUUUGUCUCCCUAUUUUCCACAUCAGCGUGAUCUUAGUGCUUCUUUUUUCUACCUUCAAGACCCCCGUUUCCUGCGCAUACACCGUAUGACGUGUGAUCAUUGUGAGCAUGCUCUGUGGGAAAAAUCCAUUGUCUCUUGUUGUUACGUAGUUCUUCGAUAUUUUUGUGAAUAACUUCAAAAAAAAAAUGCACGUCCAUGAGUUGUUGGUUCUAGCCAUAUGUCAGUGUUUUAAGGACCUCGCCCUUCAACCAAAUUGAAAGGCCCAAGGUGCACAGAUAUCCCAUCUAUUUCAUAAAGGACAUUGCAGUGUUGAUUCUCUGUCCUUGGAAGCUAAGAGUACACACACACAGACUCUGCAUUUAUCAAAAGCCGAUCGUGAAGCAAAUUAAAAAAAAUGCUAUUGGGGGAAAAUAUUGCUGCAUGUAAAUUGGAUUAAUUUGGAUUCUUGACUGAUGGAUUUGUAGUCUGGGUUCCUACGUUGUCCGUGUUCCACCUACCUCCCGUUUUGUUUUGUAUUCAUUUGAGGUAAGAUGGAAAACCAAUGAUUCUUGACCUUGAGCUAGACACAAACUGGAACUUGUGCAGUUUGAAUGUAUGUUUUAAAUGAGUUGAUUUGCAGUAUGACUGUACGUUGCUCAUGCUGCAAAUAGGCAAGUUAAUUGUAGACUAGUUAAAUGAACACAGUCUCUAAAUGUACUGUUUGGGUUCAAAAGACAGUGAGCGAUUUUUGUACUUCUAUGUUGGUGUGCAUUCUCCUCUCUUGUUGUUGUGUGCGUUUUGAUUUGGCCAUUUGAGGCGUGUUUGUACACUUUCUCGUGCGAUUUGGCUGUCUUGCAUUUGUCAUUACUUUGAUCAAUACAUCACUUUCUGCGCGUAAUAGGUUUCAAACCAGUGGAGAAUCUCUUAACUUUUUUGAACAGUGUCGCAACUUAAAACUCUUGAAUCCAACACCACACUGCAGGAGGCAGCAUACCACUAGUUUAUUUCCUCUCACCUUCCUCCCCAUCCCCUGCCAGGAAAAAUCCCCAUUGGUUAUAGUAUUGAACAGUUCAUACUGCCUGGUUGUAUGAAUCCACCCUUCGCUCUGAUAUUUUUUAAAAAUGCUUUGAUUUAUAACGGCACAUAUAUUUGUCAAUUGUGGUUUUCCGAUCACUGCUUGGGUUGCCUGUCUUUUAUCUGCAGUUUUGGAUUAUAACACAGAGCAUGUACUGUUGUAUAUUGUGAACACUGUGUUGCCUAUACUUCUAAUGUUAUUAGAUGCACUUUGGGGACUGUGCCCAGUUGCCUUAACUAGACUACUUUUUUUCAAAACUUGGUCAGUCAUGCUUUACUAUUGAAAAUGUUUUUAAAGUUUUUACACAUUGAGGUGAAUAAAGGCAACUUUGCGGCAUGCUGUAACUUUUUACUUGUGGUUGCAUUAUAGCAAAUAGUUUUGGGGCAAGGGGGGAUUUUCUUUUAAAUAUAGCAAUAAUUAGCUUAAAUGGCCUUUUUAUUUUAAGUAAGAUUGGUGACUACUGAAAACGACCAGUGUCAGAUUUAGGGAUCUUCAUAAUUCACGGCAGGCGACUCCUAACUAAUUCUAUAUAACGUUGGAGGAGGAAGGGCAGUUUUGUUAAUACAGCCAAGUGGAACUCCUUUGUUCAAAUAUUGCUGGUUUGCUGUUAGUGUGCAUUUAUUGUGUUCAGUUUGGUACAAUGUUGAGCAUAGUGACGGGGGUUGGGAAAGUAUUGGGAUGAGUUUGAACUUUUUUAAGUCUAGUUUUUUUUUAAUGUUGACAGGUACUCCAAAUGUCAAGGUAAGAUAUCUUUCCAAUCUCAGCCCAUUUAUGUCUUCAAGUCAAGAAGCUCCCAUGACAACUCUCAUAUAUCCACCUACCAAACACUUCCUUCACGUAGGAAUUGGUGGCCCUGGAUUGUAAUUCUUUGCCCAGAGGUCAAAUUUGCACUUGUGUUAGUUUCAUAAGGUAGUAAACCUCCAGUUUCAAUUGUUCUCAAAUGUAGAGGGCUGUAACGAUUGUCUAGGUUGUCUGAAAUAAGGUAAGGUUGGCACAGGAUUUCAGAGUUGACUCCUGAGGAACCUAGAUUGAUGUUGGCAAAGAUGUUCUUCCCAAUGAAAUAACCUAGAAAACCUUUCAAAUGGUGACUGACUUCGCGAGUGUUCCUGGUACAUUUAGAACUGACUUCUGGAGUCGAGCAAAUAAGGGGGAAAGUUGUAGUGCUGACUUUGGAAACUGGGAACAGGAUCAGUUUUUAAAGUAUUUAAUUUCUCAUGAGCGUUGGAAAACAGAGUGCAUCAGAAUCUCUGGAAGAGAGAAUAUACCAUCAUAUUAGAACUUGGCAGGCUUGUUGAGAUUUCAUUCUUCAAUGUCCCUUCUGAAUUUUUUUUGUUUUUUUUUGGUCUCCCUUCAUUUACCAUCAGAGGGAACCUGUAAAAUGGACACAAGGAGUUGACUGAAUUUUGUGAUUGAGGUUUUGUGAUUCUGGUUUGGAAAAUAACUAGGAAAUGGGCUUGCUGACGGUUAGGAGAAGUCUCCUAUUUGUUCAAAUUGAAGUUUGAUUCUUCACUUUUAGAUGUUAACAGUCCAAAAUGAUUGCAUUUCUCAUCCAUGACCAAGAAUCAUAAAAUUAAAUCCUGUGAGCUUUGAAGAGAUUUCCACGAAAUACUUUUAAGUCUUCGAAUCUGUCUUUCAGUUCAGGGAGCAGUGUGUUUUUACAUAUGCUAGUGUAAAUUAUACAGAUUUUUUUUACAUUUGAAUUUGAAAUGCCACUUAUGUUUUUGAUAAAGUAUUUAAUAAUUGUCAUGUUGGAAUUUUGGUACACUGUAAUUUUUACGGCUUGCUUAUGUUUUCUGGGAGGAGGGUGAUCUUAAUAAGAGACAUUAUGCACAUCUUUAACCAGAGUUGCACUUGCAGUAUACAAACUAAAGAAACAAUAAAUUGAAUUACAGCAUGCUCUGCCAAUGUAUUACCAACUUGUGACUCAGUGGAAGAAAGAUCCUUGGUUGUAUUUCAGUAGUAACUUCAAAACUUUUUUUUCUAUUUGAAGGGGAAUAAAAAUCGCAUCCGAAAUCGAUGUAUACUCGGUCUUCAUGUGUUAAAUUAGUUUGUGUUAACUUAAUUGGAGCUUGCUUUUGAUAGAUUUCAAUUUUUUUAAAGUAAGAUAUCCAGAAUUAAUUUUGCUUGAUUCUCUGAAAUCAAUUAACCUAAAUGAAGCUGGGAGCUUGCUGUGCAGGGUAGUAUUGUCAAAUCCACAUCAUUAUGUAUAACUCCUUGAUCCUUCUUGCAGGAAAUGAUUGUGAUGUUACUAAUGUUAAAUAAAAUCUACUCUGCAUUGAGAAACA